AUGAACCAGCUCACUACAACUCUCAACUGUGUCACCAAAGUUAUCACCUACCUGGAUGAACUAUACAAGCUGCCUCUAUCAGCAGCCAUUGGUGCUAUUUACAUGUUCAAGCUGCUGGAAUGGUUAUUGCUCAUCGGAUUCUUGAUUGUGAUUCCCUACUACCCACUGACAAGGAAACUAUUCAGCUACCUAUUGGAUCUAGAGGAGAAAACUUCAGAGCUGAGUGACAAGCAUGUGGAAGUGAUAACAGGGCUUUUGCAAGGAAGUAAGGAUGCAGAAAACUAUGGCUUAGAGUUUCAGUUCCACAAAAAGAUCGAUAUGUACCAUGAAAAGUAG